AUGCAGGGGAACAAAAAGUGCACAGAUGGGUUCAGUGAUACCUCCAGCAUUGGCAGUGUGCUGGAUGAUGCAGACAGAGAGGUGAGCAACCUCACAGACCGGGCAUUCCGGAGUUUGUGCAUCUCAGAGGACACAUCCUUCCAUGAUUCUGACCUGGCUUUGUCCCCAGAUAUCACCGGCCAGGCACUGGGGACUUUCCACCAGGAAGCAGUGAGCCACAACAACAGGAAAAGUGGCAUUUGGAGCCAGCUUCCAUCUCAAGGCACAGAGCAUUCUGGCUGGGCAGCCACCUUUCAACAGCAACCCAAGUAUGUUCAGGGGGAAGAAAAGUACCCCAAACACAGUCCCCCACUAACACAAGCCCAGCGGAGACUGGAGCUGCCCCUUUCUGGCCUGAGAAGCUGCAGCAAGCCCAUCUCCAAAGUCUCAUCACUGAUCAGAUCUUUUGACAGGACUGAGACUCAACCUUGUGACAGCCGGCCUCCUCCCAGCAAGCCUCCAGCUCUAAAAAAUCCCCCCAAGUUUGCACCUCCCCCAGAAAGCGGUGUCAACUUCUGCUUCGACUCUGCCUUUCUGACUGUUAGGAGGGUACCUGCUGAAGUCUCCAACACUCAAAAGAGCAGCCACCAGCCUGGCAGGAACCCUAGAGAAGAAGAGUCUCCCAAGAACCCAGAAAUAGCCUGUCACAGCUCAGGCAGCCUGCUCCGGACACCUGAUCAUGCGGCUGGCUCAUUUGAGCCAAGGUUUCCCUCUCCGCCUCUCAAGCCAGCCAAAGCUGAGCCAGGAAAAGGCAAGGAGUGGGUUCCCAGGGGAACUUUCCUGCACAGUGAAAACAGUGCUUUUGAGUCAUGGAACACCCACCAACCAAAGCUCCUGGAAAGAAAGGACAUUGCUGAAACCACCCCAGAAAGCAAAGCUCCCAAACUUUAUGAGGACAUGCCCUUGUUGAAGGAGCCCUAUCCUGCUGAGCCCAAAGUCUCCCCCUGCCAGGGCCGGCCUAACUGUGCCCAGGAGGAGAACAGACCUGCAUCAGGGACUCAGGCCACAUCUGGAGCCUGGUGUGCCAGGGAUCCAGGAUCCCAGGUAUUUCCGGUAGAGGGAAAUGCUUCACAGAUUGACCCUAAGGUAAAACGGAGUCAGCCCCCAUGGAGGAAGCCAAAGACUGGCAAAGGAGGGACAGACGGUCCGCACGGUACUUUGGAAGACAAGAAACAGCCCAAUAGGAGAAGCCUACCUCUGUAUUCAAAGCUCAACCCUCAGGGUCAACUUCCAGAAAAUGGCGUUUCAGACAUGCCAGAGGAUUCCAACGACCAUUACAGUCCCCCUUUUAACAUUAGUAAACUCCUCACCCCCAUUAUAUCCACCAAGCAUAUCCUGGAAUCUUCAGAUACCCAACCAGUGGAAAUCAGCCCACCCUCUCCAGGACAGCUGAAUGGAUACCAGGAGAAGGAGCCCAACGAGGCUCAGUCUCGGGAUAGCUACAAAUCCAAAGCACCCAGCCUGCUGUUCAACCUCAAAGAUGUUAGGAAGCGUGUCAAGAGUACAUACAGCCCCUUGCCUCUCUUAAAAAGCUCUGAUGAGAAAAGCAGAGGUAAGCCUGAUGGCAAGCAAGAACCUGUGAGCAACGGGGUCACCCUUCCCAACGGGCUUGAAGAAAUCCCUCCCACUGAGCUUUUGAAGGAGAUGCCAGCCGAUGUCCCCAGCAUUUUGCACAGCAGUACCCAGAAGGAUCCUGCUAUCAGCUCUAGCGAGUCCUUUGUGGACAGCCACCUGACCCUCAGUUCACCUUCAGCUAGCUCCAAAAGCCACUUCAGUGUCAAUGGGGAGACUGCAGAAAGGAGCAGUAAUGAGAAGGAAGAUGCCAGGGGAGAGGCAGAGCAGGGUCCUUCCGGGAGUGGUUGGCAUCCAGACUCCAGGGAGCACCUUCCCCGGAAACAUCUCUCCCUAAAACUCUGCACCCAGGAGUCUGAAACAGGACAGUCUACUGAGAAAAUGAAGCCCCACCAUCUGGAGAAUGGGCUCUCGAGAUCCAUCUCCCAAGAGACAGAGCCUGAGCAAGAAGCGGGGCUCCAGAACCUACCCUUGAGCCAGAAGUUCUCCCCAGGACCGCUUUCCCCUGAGGAGGAGGAUGUGUUUUACAGCGACAGCCAAUCUGAUUUUACUCCAUGCCUCCAAACAAAGGCUAAAUUCAGCACCAGCUCUUCAGAUCAAUCCUUUGCUUCUUUUGAUGAUCAGCAGAAGGUGUGGUUAACAGAAGGCCCUCGGGAAGACAGGAAGAGUCAUGUGAGUGCAGGUGACAAGCAGAAGGAAAAGAAGGAGACAAUGGUGGAGAAGGAAGAGUCACAGCAGCGUGCCUGGAGUAGUGGACAUGUAGGUGUGGAAGAACACAGACAGGAGGAAAUGGAGAGAAAAGCACAAGGUUGGUCAGGAGGGAGACCCAGGAAGGCAUCCAUGGAGGAAGCCAAUGUCAGAGGCUCUUGGAUGGGGGCUGACAAGGAUACAGCUCUUUCCCAUGCCAAGGACUCAACCCCCUCGCCUGCUUCUACCAACAAGCACAGACUGUUCCCAAUUAAAGACAACACGCUCAGAGCCACGCCAGUCAUAAAACCUAUCAUUCUGCCUCUCCUGAGGACAGUGUCCUCCGAGGACUCGCUUAGUGGUGGACGCAAAGAGAGUGAAUUACCAAGGCAACCGUGGGGAGAGGAUGCUAGUGGCCUCUGUGCCUCAGAAAGCCAGGAGAUGCCUAACACCCCGUUAUCCAAUGACUUGCCAGGCACACAGCAGAAGUGUGUAGAGUGCAAGGGCGUGGAGGAGGACCUGGUGCACACUUCAGCCCAGGAUGAGACUUCUCAGCGAGCCAGGAAGGGGAGUUCCUCCUUUCUACCUCUGGUGGAAGAGGGGGACGGGAUUAAGCCACACCCCGAUACAGCGGGCGAAGCUCCCGCGCCUGAUAAGAAAAGCAGAUCUGCAGACUCAAGGAAGCUGGCUGCGCUACAGCAUGUCCCCACCAUCGCUUUACCCCCAGAUGACUUCGAAGCCUCGCCCCACUCCCUGCCGCCCCAGGCCUGUUGGGAAGAACAAGAUUUCCAAAGCCACUUUUUGUCUGCCCCCAGAGCAGGACCUUCAGGAAGAAGGCUGGUCCCCAGUGAGGCGGCGACUUCUCCCAACCCCAGCUCUCUGGGAGAAAGCAGCACCUGCUCGCCUGUGGCCAGCAGUGUUUGGGAAGAAGCUUCCCAGGCCGCUGGGGAACAGGGGCUGCGCCGCCGGGAGCCUCUGGGCCCCAGCCCCUGGACCAGUCCGUGUUCUACAAGGCUCUCCCGGAGGGAGGACAUGACACAUGGCCUCACAUGGGAAGCUGAAGGCUCCGAUCCCCAACUUGAGCGGUUGGCAGACCUCAGGACCCUCUCCCCGAGAGGUGCUUUGCUGGCUGAUGCUGCUGAGAAACCCGAGCCACCUGCUCCGCCGGAGAGGGCGGCGACAGGCAAGCCCCCUGCAGUCCCGCCCAAGACUGAAAAGGCCUUGAGGCGGGCCAAGAAGCUGGCAAGCAAACGAAGGAAGGGCGACCAGGCGCCCGAGAAACACAUCGAGGCCUGGGAGGGCAGGUCCUUCACAGAAGACACGCUGGGGACAGAGCGGAGGCCUGCGUCUCCGGGAAAGGGGGCCCGGCCCAGGUUCCCUGUCGUCCGCUCCCUGCCCCCGCCCAUGCACCGCCACUCGGUGUCCUGUGGCUGGGAGCCUUCUGGGAGGCGGCCUUGGGGCCCCCAGUCCCUCACGCCUCUGCCUCCUUACCCCUCCACACAGAAGGUGCUCCAGGAUCCCCAGUCGGGACAGUACUUUGUCUUUGAUGUGCCUCUCCAAGUGAAAAUUAAGACUUUCUAUGACCCCGAGACUGGGAAAUAUGUCAAGGUCUCCGUCCCAUCCUCGGAGGAGUCCUCCCAGGAGCCACCUCUGCAGGAUGCCCUGGCUGCUCCCUACCUUUUGUACCCUGGCUUCCAGCCAGUGCCGGUGACUUCCGUGAUGCCUCUGCGCUGCUCCUCUCAGCUCGCAGCUCCCACCUUUCUCAGGCAGGGUUCUGGCCACAGGCCCCAGAGUUCCCAGGGCGCUAGGCUGCAGCCUCCCCCUGAACGUCUGGGUGAGUCCACCCAGCAUGCCUCUGCCCAGCACUCCGGUGGCCCUCUUCAUAGUCCAGAGGAAGAGAGCGCAGAAGCUCCAAGCCUAAGCAUUAUCGCCACCGAUGACCUAGAGGACUUUGCUACAGAGGGUGUUUCUUGA